UUGAGGAGACUUGUAUCUGUGGAGCCGGCUUGUUAAAUCAGCGGACACCGACUGCAUACUUUAGAUACGUCCACAGAACGGUUGUGCUAUCGUUGGGUCGUAGUUGACAACUGGUUGGAUAUUACAGAUAAACCCCGGCGCUAAAUGGACAACAUUAGCUUGCCUUUUGCUGUGGCUAAGUUAGUUAGCCAGCUAGUUAGCUAACUGUAGCGCACGAGCUAGCGUGACUAACGUUACGUCCGCAGGAGAACAUUCUGACUUGGAGGAAAGGAAGGGAGGAAAUUGAUAAGUAGGAUCACUGCGCACCGCUACUUAUGCAAAGCUAGCGUACUUUUUGGUCUCCCGAGUUCACGCACUGUGACGCAUUUAGAAAAGCUCUUCCACAAGGGCAUCGGGAGAAACUCAUGGCAUCGGAUGUGAUUGAGAGCGAAGCGGUGCUGAAGGGUGAUAUGAGUUUGAACAAUAGCAGCUCAGAUUUUGGCACACCCAGCAGGACUCAUGAGCAGCUGGGAAACAGACAGACAUCCAGUCCGUCAUCUUCUGGAGUGUCUGGAGAAGGUGACGAGGAGGAAUUAGAGGAAUUGGAAAAUAGCACAGCUUCUACAAUUGAAAAUGGCGAAGAGGCACUUCAAGAGAGUCUGACCAAAACAAGAGGUACGCCACAGGAAAGGACAACUCCAGACAAUGAGCAGACACAGCCGGGAGCAACAUGCUCGUCCCCGGUGAGCCUCCUGCAGCCACGAUCACCACCGGGACCUAUCGGAAGCCUGGAGCGCCAGGAGUCAGUUGCCACAACAGAAGCUCGCCUACGAAUGGAAGGAGUCGAGCUGAAGGAAGAGUGGCAGGAUGAGGACUUUCCACGGCCCCUGCCCGAGGAAGAGGAGCUGGAAGAUGAGCUUUUUGCAGGAACCUCUGAAGAGACAGACCCAGGCUAUGCGAUGGACCACGGCAAGAAGGCGAAGAAGAAGCUGGCUGCUCCGGACAUCAGUCUGACUCUCGACCGCAGUGAAGGUUCCCUUCUCUCUGACGAGCUGGAUGAAAGCACAGAGCUGGACCUCGAUGACAUAGACACACCUUCAGACAACAGCAACGAGUUUGAAUGGGAAGAUGAUCUUCCCAAGCCGAAAACCACAGAGCUACUGCAGAAAGGUGUGGAGUCGGUGCAGGAGUACUCCGCCUCGGACGAGAGGGAGGAGGGACGACGCUGGAGGGUGUUUCGAAUUGGAGACCAGGAACACAGAGUGGACAUGAAGGCCAUUGAACCUUAUAAAAGGGUUAUCAGCCAUGGAGGUUACUAUGGAGAUGGUUUGAAUGCCAUAAUUGUGUUCGCUGUGUGCUUUAUGCCUGAGAGCAAUCAACCAAAUUACAGAUACAUCAUGGACAAUUUAUUCAAGUAUGUCAUCGGCACACUGGAGCUUUUGGUCGCAGAGAACUAUAUGAUUGUGUAUUUGAAUGGGGCGACUUCUCGGAAAAAGAUGCCAACCGUCGGCUGGCUCAGAAAAUGUUAUCAGCAGAUUGAUAGGAGAUUAAGAAAGAACUUGAAGUCUUUGAUAAUAGUCCAUCCCUCUUGGUUUAUUCGCACCCUGCUGGCACUCACAAAACCUUUCAUAAGCUCCAAAUUUAGUCAGAAAAUCAAAUAUGUGUUCAGCUUGACAGACCUCGCAGAACUGGUUCCAAUGGAAUAUGUGUCCAUACCGGAUUGUAUCAAACAGUUUGACGAAGAAAAAAAUAAGAAAAGCCGUAAAAGGUAUAUGCACUUUCACCCAGGGUCAGUUUCAGCUUUUUUUUCUUUUCUUUUCUUUUUUGCAUUUCACAAAACUAACAACAAAAUAAUCUGUUGGCUUCCAGAAAUGCACCAAUACACCUCAUUCUGUCCCGCGUGUUUGGAGUUGGACGAUUUGCUGUUACCUUCUGGCCACAAAUUUAGCAACUUUCCCUUUCCAAAAUGUCCCACAUUUCCUCUCAGUAGAUUUCGGAUGUUCCCUCAAAAGCAUGCUGAGAAGCUGUUUGAUUGGUUUCCAAAAAUAGGUGGCUUGGUGAUUGUUUUAACUGACUGAAUCCUAUUUCUGAGCCAAUUCUGUGAAGUUCAUUUCAAAGUCAGUUCUUGUUGAAUUUUGUUCUCUAUUUAUCACCUCAAAAUAAUAUCAGCUAUCUGUAUGUGGUUUAAAACGUACCUCUGAAGCUCAUUUUAUACCUGAGGUGCUGUUUUCACAUGAGGCGCCAAGUGGCACUUACAUGCAUGUGUCCUUUUUAAAAACCAGGUUUAGAUUUUGAUGUGGUUGAUGUUGGGUAAGUUGUUUUCAUGUUUGUGCUGCUGAAUGAAGUAGAAGAACUGGGAAGUAGCUGGUCCUAGUCACUGUGGUUUUGUGGUCGCACUGUAACCAUGCCCUCACAUGGUUCCCCUCAGCACUCUGCUUGUCCACUCUCACGGCUCUUUGCAUGACUCACUGCAAACCCACUCCCUGCUGAUGUUUAGAAAUGACCACAAACCUUUCGUCAGCCUCUCUCAUGCACACACAAAUCGUCUGCUCACUGCUGAUAAGUAGUGAGUGUGUGGUUGUACAUGUGCAGAAAUAUUGUGGCAUGUUCGAAAAGUAAUAACCACAGGGCUGUAGGAGAGACUCGGUAUUGUGUAAAUACAACACUGCCACAAUUAGUUGCACUUGUGUUGUUAGGUGCAUGAGUUUCUAAGUUGAUAAACAAACUUGCAAGACAAAUGCACCACAACCUCAAACACUGCCGGAAAAAUGUCACAUUUUAAAGGAGCAGAAUGGAAACGGAUUUAGUGAAGAUUGCAGACUUCUUCCAUGUGCCAAACGUAAGUUCCCAGUUAGGAUUGCUUUAGGGUUCACUGUUCAGGUUUUUACUGGGAGCAGAAUUAUCUGAAGUCUCCUGACUAAGACAAACUGACUAGCUGAUUAAAAAUGUUAAAACCACUAAAUAAAGCAGUUUUGCAAUAAUAAAAUUAAAAAAAAAAAAAAAAACUGCUAAUGUGUGCUUGCCCAUUUCUCUGAUAAGUUAAGAUCCAAACAUACAUGAGGUUUUUAACAGGAGCCGAAUUAUCCACAAAGUUCUCUUCCUUUGAUUUAAGCCUUUAAAAUCUGGAUGGACAUACGUUUUCUUGCACAGCAAUCAGACACCAUAUUUAAAACUUCAAGUUCUUUUAAAGACAUGGAAAAAAGUCAUUCAGCAACCUGGUAUGAAAUGCAAAUUGCAAAAAAAAAAGAUAUUGAAAGAUGACAAGAAAAUGACCUAAAACUUAGCUUUAAAACAAUCAUCAAAUGACUAGAGAAAAAUAUCAAGAAUGCUUUAUUUAUAACUAUUUAAAAUUACAUCUUUACUUUUCUUUUAAUUUCA